UGGGAGUGGGAAAGCGAAAGGGGGGAAAAGAGCGGCUACGAGAGGAGGAGGGAGGCGUGUAGGAAGAGGAGAAGGAGGGGGGAGCGGAAGGCCGCAGGCGAGGGAAGAAGGACAGAGAGAGACAGAGCCGGGACGGGACGGCGGGUGAACACAGACAGACAGACAGACGGACGAGGAGGGGGCGGUCUCUGGUCGAGGAAGCGAAGCGGUGGCGGCGCUGCCCACCACCAGAGCGCGCAGGUCCCCCUGAGGGAAGGAGGGAGCUUCCCUCCGCCGGGCCUCGGCUGACCAUCUCAGGAGCAAGCAGCGGCAGCGGCGGGCUCCAGCAAGGGCGGUGCGCUGGGUCUGGGUAGAGCUGAGCUGGGCUGGGCUUCCCCUCGGUGGGGCGGUGACCGGCCCUCCCCACUGCCCGCCCUCCUGUUGCCCUCUCCGCCUCCCUCCUCCGGGCUGGUGCCGCCGCUGCCACUGCUAAGGGGGCUUUGGGCGUCGGGGGAUUCCUCGCCCUGCUGCUACUGCUGCUUCUUCGUUUGGGGGCCAAAGCCGAGCUGGAAAAAGGGAAGGCUCGAGGCCGCCGCGACCACCACCUCCUCCUCCUGCUCCUCCUCGCCGUCGACAUGUCGGGCCAGUCGAUCACGGACCGGAUCACGGCGGCGCAGCACAGUGUCACCGGCUCGGCCAUCGCCAAAGCCGUCUGCAAGGCCACGACCCACGAAGUCAUGGGCCCCAAAAAGAAGCACCUCGACUAUCUCAUUCAGUGCACAAAUGAGAUGAAUGUGAAUAUUCCACAGCUGGCAGACACGCUUUUCGAGAGGACAGCAAACAGUAGCUGGGUUGUAGUGUUCAAAGCUCUAAUUACAACACACCACCUCAUGAUGUAUGGAAAUGAGCGCUUUAUCCAAUACUUGGCAUCUCGAAAUACGCUGUUUAAUCUCAACAACUAUCUGGAUAAAAGUGCUAUGCAGGGCUAUGAUAUGUCUACCUUCAUCAGACGGUAUAGCAGAUACUUGAAUGAAAAAGCACUUUCUUACAGACUUGUAGCAGUUGAUUUCACCAAAAUGAAAAGAGGGAUUGAUGGUGUGAUGAGAAUGAUGAAUACUGAAAAAAUUCUGAAAACACUUCCAAUUAUUCAGAAUCAACUAGAUGCACUUCUCGAUUUUGAUGCAAACCCAAAUGAACUAACGAAUGGUGUAAUAAAUGCUGCCUUCAUGCUCCUCUUUAAAGAUUCCAUUAGGCUUUUUGCAGCCUAUAAUGAGGGGAUUAUUAACUUGUUAGAGAAGUAUUUCGAUAUGAAGAAGAACCAGUGCAAAGAAGGUCUGGAUAUUUACAAAAAAUUCUUAGCCAGAAUGACCAAAUUGUCAGAAUUUCUCAAAGUGGCAGAGCAAGUUGGAAUUGAUCAGGGUGACAUUCCAGAUCUUACUCAGGCUCCCAGCAGUCUGCUUGAAGCGUUGGAGCAGCAUCUGGCUUCUCUGGAAGGGAAGAAGACAAAGGAGGUUUCAGCUGCCAGCAGAGCAAGCACCCUAUCCAGUGCAGUUUCCACACUUGCUAACACAGGAAUGUCCUUCAGUAGAAUGGAUGAGAGAGAAAAACAGCAGGCGUUGGAGGAGGAGCAGGCUAGACUGCAAGCACUGAAGGAACAGCGAUUAAGAGAGAUUUCUGUGGUGUCAAAUUCUACUUCUACAUCUGCCUCUCCAAGCACUUUAUCAGGGAAGAGUGUGAACACCAAUGCUGCUGCUGUUGACCUCUUUGCAACACCCGCACCGACCACCAAUAGCAUGCCCAACCUUUCUACUGAUCUGUUUGAUCUCCAACCUGCAUUUGUCCCAACGGUACAGAGUACUCCAGCCAUAGCAACAUCAGCAAGCAAUGCCUGGGGAGGACCUUUCUCAUCCACAAAUGGUUGUGUUGGGUCUCCACCCCACUUGGACCUCUUCGAUAUGAAGCCAGUUGAAGAAGCUGUAAAAAAUACCACCCCUUUUGUGACAUCCACCUUUACCUCCAAACAAACAGUGGAACUGUUUAGUGGAUAUCCUCUUCAUUCAGCACCACAGAAAACUGCCUUUUCAACAAUCAAUGUUGAUUUUGAUGCUGUAUUUGGUGGAAAGUCAGCAGCACACGAAUUUAGAACUUCAACGGAUGAUGUAUUACAACCAACAGUACAAACACAAAAUCAGAGAGUGGCUUUAAUUGGUCAGCAGAGUGGGAAGAUUUUGGCCAAUGACCUUGAUUCUUCACUCGCUAAUCUAGUUGGAAAUCUCGGCUUUGGAGGAACACCAUCCAAAAAAUCUGAUAUGCAGUGGAAUCAGCCUACAGAGAAGAAACUUACUGGUGGAACCAACUGGCAAGCAAAAACAAGCACCUCAACUACAUGGAAUACUGUCCCUAUUCCUCCUGCUCCACAGAUGGUACCUGCUCCAGUAACUUACCCAGUGAAUACACCUCAAGUGCCUGUGUAUGGAAUGGUACCUACUCAGAUUGGAGCUACUCCUAUUAUGGCACCCCAGCCUAUGAUAUAUACCCAAACAGGUCUAAGGCCAACAAAUCCUUUUGCACCUAUCUCUGGAACGCAGAUACAAUUUAUGUAGACCUGCCAAAACAGCAAGACACUUUGAUAACCAAAUAUUGGUAGAAAGAAGACAGAACUUUUAAGCUGCAGUCUUCACCAGGGCACAUACUUGCUUCCCAUACAAUAUAAAUUACAUUGAAUUGCUGAAUUGAAUUCUUGUUAUAACAGUCACUGUGGUAUGAAAUCAUGUUUGGUUUUGGAUAAUGUUUUCACUGGAAAGCUGAAGUAUUUUGAAGCUGAAGGUCAGCAGAGCAUGAAAAGAAAAUCCUGACUUUCCCUUUUUAAACAAGAGCUUACUUGGAAAUCCUUUGCAACAUUUCCAUUCAACAGCUAGCCUCUGGUAAGCUAGUGGAGGGCAUAAUUCGUCUAUUUUCUCCCUGAACUCUUUGGCUGUUGUAAUCAUGGCACCACUUAAUGAAGUUGAGCAAUAAACCUUUCAGAUACUUUUAAGGAGUACCCGAUACAAUACAUACUCUGAUAAGAAUCUUGCAUUAUCAUAAAUGCCAAUAUUGUGUGAAACCUGACCGCUUUUUCUCAUGUUAGACUAGCUUCUAAUUCACAAAUUUUGUACUGUGAGUUCUAAAUGCUGUGAAUCAACUUUUAAUUAAAUGUAGGCCAUUAACAGAAAACUAGCUGAUUGGCAUUUCAGCAGAGUGUUGCCCGGCCAAGUGAUAGAGCUGCGCUUUGGCAGAGACUUGGCCAUUUGACCUAGUCUGAAGAACGUAGUAUGUUACAGUGUAGAGUGUGCAGUCCCAGCAUUGAUUGCAAUAGCUGCACUUCCUCUUAAAGCCUCGUACGUACAGCUAGCAGCAUCGUUUUGGAUUCUAGCUAAAGUUGCCUUCAUGUCCCAGAACAAGUCCACAGGCAGCCAGCAGCAGUGAGUCUGGGAAGCUUUUUGCCCUUUAUUUAAGAUGCAGGGCGCCAGCAUUUUCUUAGCCAUUCAUCAAUUACAGUGCUGCACUUUAAGAACUGGAAAAUUGUAUUCCUGAGCCCCUCCAUCCCUUGUGCAUAGCUUGUGACCCUUGUUUCAGGUAAGGGAGCAGGUAAGAAAUAAAAAAGGAAAACAGCCCAGUCACUACAUAAAAUGAACUUUUUUGGGGGUAGGGGAGGGAAGUGUAAAUAUUUGUAAACCUCGAAGUACAAAAUUUCUCAAGUGCUGCAGAAUCUUUUCUUCUUUGUAACACAUUCAAAAUGCAAAUAUUGUACUGCUUUAAGAAAUUUAGCUCAAAUGUCUUUUAUAUUGAAAAGUUGACUAUUUCAAGAUACAUAAGAUAUUAUUGCGGAGUAGGAUAAUGUAAGAUGUGUGAUAAUAUAGCCUGAUGGUCCUUGAUUUUCAAUACCUCCCCCCAAAACAAUGAAAGGAUUACAUUAAAAAUUACUAUGUAAUUUGACAGGUGGAGCUCAGGGCAUAUCUGUGAGGGGAGAUGGCGAGAAAUUAUUUUUUAAAAAAGCAGCUUUUUAAUGAAGAACAGCCCAGAGACCAGUUGUUUCCUUUAUAUCACUGCUGUGAUGAUUUUCUUGUCUUGAGCUCAUUACAGUAGCAAUAACAGCAAAAACGUUUGUCUAUUAAUGCCCUUUUUGUCGUUAAAAACAUUUUGAGAUGCAGCACCUGAGCUCAACCUUCCAAGUGUUUUUUUGCAAAGUUAUGGCCCUUGGGAAGGGAUUUGCAGGGGAGGAAAGUACUUUUGUGGAUCAGGCUGUCAAAUUCUAGAAAACCAGUCUUUUCUCUGUGUCUUUUGUGUUUGUUAAUAUUGUGCCAAGAAUGUAAAAAAAAAUUGCUUGCUUCAGAAAGGAUAUACUUGUUUUGUCAAACUAAACAUGAUUUUUUUAAAAGAAGAAACAUUUUUUUUACAUACGUGUUUGCAAUUUGUAACCACUAACUUUGUAUGGAUUAAAUGUUGCAAGUGAGAAAAAAUGUUUCAGACCAAAUCUUGGACAUGUACUGGCAAAGACAUAAAAUGAAUGCAUGUACAGUAAUUAAACGUGGAAAGUGAAUUUUCAAGGGCUUUGGGCUUUAAUGUACUCUCCAGGUUUGUCCAAAACCAAUAUUUAUUUUAGUCCUGUGUAAGCUGGAGCAGCUUACUUAUGGGCCUUGUUUUAGUUGAUAUUCUAAUGAGUUGAUUCAACUAAUCCUCAUUUAGGAUUAUGCUUCCAACCAAUGUUCAGUCUUUCAAGUCCAGUUUGGACCAGUACAUGUAUUUAAAUACAACAUGUAUUUUAUAAUAACUAGCUGGAAAUGUUUGAUUUCAGAGGCUAUGACCAUGUAAAGUUUGGGACUGUAAAAUAAGCAGCAAGUUUUUUUAACCCCCAGAGAUUGUUUUCUAAUAAUUCAGUUUAGCUGUGUUUAAUUUAUUACAUUUACUGGCUACAAUCUUAUAGCAGGGAACGUCAUGCUGUACCCAUCUCCUCAGAGAGGGCAGCUUCAGUUCUCCAGAUGAAAGACUUUGUGUGUGUUGUUUUAUGUGCUUCCUACAAUAUGCAUUAAUCAUUGAUGUAUCCAUUAAGAUCAGAUGCAAAGCAUAGUAAUGUUCCCAUUGUAACUUAAGCCCCAAAUAAUUACAGAUUCUUGCUUCUAUUUAAUAUGUAAUAGAAUCCAUAAAGGUAGACCAGAUUUCAUUGUAAUUUCUCUGUCCCCUAUCCUUUAACUUGACAGCUCAGUGGCCUGCAUUCAGCAUGCACAAUUUUCUGGAGUAUUUUUCAUAAGCUUGCAGUCUUUGUAAGCAGUGAUACUUGCACAACCCGCAAUAACUUCUUUCCCACAACAUGAAUGAAAUGUGCCCCAUGCUCUCCACACCAUUCAACAGUGUGACAAGCUUCCCGCUUAAAUAGACAUGAAAGUGUAAACUCUCUGUCAGCCUCAGUGUCCCAUUUUAUCUCUAAAAAGCCUAAAUCUGGGUGUUGUGUUUUCAUCAUAUAACCAAGGAGUUGGAUUUUAUACUACAUGAACUUUUUAGACAAUAAGCAGUUAUCUGUUUUUUCGAUAGAACAAUGGCAUCUUGUCCACAAUAAUUAUGUCAGUAGGUGUAUUCUGGCUGUUGAUAUUAGCAGUGAAACUCUGGAGGUAAUACAGGCAUACCCCGCUUAACGUCGCUUCACUUAACGUUGCCUCGGUAUAACGUACAUGCUCCAUACGUCCCCAUACCCCGCUUAACGUUUGCGCGCUUCGCAAUAACAUACACUUUAUUGUCAUGACGCCGCUGCCAUCUAGUGGUGAUUGCGUGCAGUACAAGUGAAGACAAUUGCUUCACUUAAAGUUUAUUUUCGUUUAAAGUAUACUCUCCGGUCCCAUUGCAAACGUUAAAGUGGGAUAUGCCUGUACUUAGUCUGUAGUUCUCAAAAUAAUAUAUAAAUCUCACUCAUCUAUCAUUUACUCUUUCAUGUAGGAGGGGUGGGAUGGUUAUGAGUUUCAUUCCAAUUCUGCCUUUGCCUCACAUUCAGGCUGGUACAAGAGAGAUCAGUGUCAGGGUGUGAGACUGGAAGAAGCAGAGUUGGGAAGAGCAGAAUCCAGUCAUUGCUAGUGCUUCUUGAGAUCAAACUGGGUAGCUGCCUGUUCUUAGGGAAUUGUACCACCAGAGCAGUUUGUUUGUAAGUGCUAGCACCUCUCUCUCUGUGCAACAUCUGGAGAAUUGGAACUCUCCUAUCUCUGCAGAGGUGGGUGCAUCACACAUUUCCUUGUUGCAAGAUUGCAAAGCAUCAUUGUUAUAGUUCAACCUAGCCGAUAGGUGGUGGAUGUGCGUUUGGAGUUGCUGCGGCCAAAAUUACACUUGUAUUCUUUUUGUCAGAAAAGCUAGAAGUACAGGUAGCUGUACUACUUUCAACUUCCAGUUCGGUAAAGGUUGUUUACAGUGAUGUUAGUGGUGUUCAUAAUUGAACUGUCUGGAGAUGUCAGAUUAUAUGUAUCUAAAGGUUAAACAAAAAGCCAAUAAGGCAUCCAUAAUACUUACUUGACAGUUUAAUAUAUUAGCGUGUUAAGGCAAACUAUAAAAGCAGCAAUUCAGCUAAAUCCAGGACAAGACUGCACUACAUAUGACAUCCCUGAGUAAAUUUGUUUGAGAAAAAGAUGCUGACUGACCUCCUGCCUUCUCAAAGAUACCAACUUUUGAACAUCUCUUUCCUUCUGAACAUACUGGGAACAUUAAGAUGCUUUGGUGCCAUUUCUGUUUCAUUAUUGUAGGGCAACCUUCCCAAGCUGACUGGGUCUGAUUGGAGUUGUAGUCCGACACAUCUGGAGGGCACUAGGCUGGGGAAGGUUGCUGUAAGGUUUCUGACCAUUAACAGGUUGCCCACAGAUGUGUGUCCGUGGUCCUGAAAUACUUGCUGGUGGAGCAAUGUUGUGGUGGCCUUGUCACAAGAUUAUCCAUGGGGCUCCGCUGGAAAGCUGCCAUAAUAAAAACCACAAAACAUAGGCAGAUUUAUUUUGUCUGUUUUUAGUUCCAUUGUUUCCAGUGAGACUAAAGUGCAAUGCUAUACAUGCCCACUUAGCAUUUAGUUUAAUGGGGUCUACUCCCAGGUAACUGUUUAUAGGACUGUAGCCUAAACCUUAUGAUGGGAAUGUCCUGGCUUUAGCUGUUUGAUAUUUUUAUAGUUUGAUAUAACUGGAAUGGGUUACAAUUCCCACAGGUAUUCAGAGAAAUUUUAUGAGGACGAAAACACACACAAAACGUGCGCAUACUUCUAUGUCCACACCAUUUUCUGCAUUUCCCUCUUACGACUUUGAUUUGGGAUUUUUUGUUUUUAAAAAAGAUAAAAUGCUGGAUAUUUACAAGAAUCCUGUCUUGAAUGCUUUAGGAAACAAUGAAAGUUUUAUUAUUAACAUUAUGAUUUUGUGCAUUCUUAAACAGGAAGAGAGGGGUGGCAGUUUCAUCAUAUGGCUUCUAGGAAGGGGUGCGAGAUUCCAAACCCUUGGAGUUAGGUGAAAGGUUCCGUUGUACAGAGUGCUCUUUCUAUGGGCCAAAUUAGAUGUGCCCCACUUUCAUAUAGAAUGGGUGGUGGGGUCUGUUCUUAAUACUGAAAAGUGUACAGAGGUAUGGGGAGCUGAGCCUGUUCCCUCCCCAUAGUCCAUUUCCCAGAUGGGUGUCUCCCCGCCCUUCCCCAGCUCUGCUGCAUGCCAGGAAAUUAAAUGAGCUAGAUGGGGAAUAAAAUGAUGGGGCAAUGAGCCAUAUGUAGUUAAGGCUGCAGAGGUUCAGUCCACUUUAUUAGUGCAAACCUUUUACAGUUAAAAAAUCAGACUCUGCUCCCUCCCAUGUUAUGUGAGACACAGGAAUAAACAAACAUGGCUGCAGUGGUCACAUUUAGUUGACCGUGAGAAGAAAAAUCAUGUGAUGUUAAUGGGUAAUUUGUCAUACUUGAAAAUGUCUCUUCUAACGCUGUUGUUCCUUUUUCUACUUAUACAUUCAUUUAAAAAAAUGUAAUAAAGACAUUUUCAUUCUCUGCAUAUGAUAAGAAUGUGUAGAGUUUUUUUAAAAAGCAAGUAUACUUUUUGUUUUUUUGUAAAAUGUUGUCUUUGACUUUACAAUUAAGUACAGGGUGUACCUGGGUCUGCUUGGGGUUUAUUGAUGUGUGGUAAAGAAAAUGGACUAACAUUUUAGAAUAGAAUGCACUGUGGAUCAGUGCUUUUAUUUGUACAUAAAAGGGAAAACUUGUUUUCUUUUUAAGUAGCCUGCAUUUUGAGGACAACAUUGAAAUGCACUGUGUACUGGCCACUUAUUUCCAUUUUACAGAUUAUAUUUUUGAGUAAUGGAGAACUGUACAUGCUAUCACUACAGUUUCUAGAAAUUGCUUAGAAAUGUUGCUUUCGACUCUGAACAUGUAAUUUGACUUCUUGAACUGUCCGUGUACUGCUUUAGUAUGCAUUGUGUAGCUCAGCCCCCAGCUUUAUUUUAAAAGAUUGUAAUCGCUAAUGUAGUCUCUCUUCUGCUCUCCCUACCCUACUCUUUUAACUACGUUUCUUUAGUAUUCUCCAAAUUGGUAAAUAUUUUGAUGCAAUUGUAUUCUUUUAUCAGAUAAUUGGCUAGAAUUUCCUCUGGGAACUGGAAGUGGCAGGGGGAGUUGUUAAACACAUCUGUUGCUCUGGGUUUGUUCUUAUUGGUAAUUGGUCCAAAUAUUUUCUUCCAUGCCCCACCCAAAUGUAAUAGAUAUGGACCAUUUUUAAUAGAUAUUUAUUUGGCAGACCCUUCCUUCUUGCAGGAUAACUCUUUAAAUUCUUGUAUACUUGUUCUCAGAGCUGAGCAGAAUUGAAAAUCCAUAUAUUGAAAUUUGUAUUUCAAAUAUUGUUUAAAUGGCAUCUUGUAUCUGAAAUAGAAAAUAUAUUGGAUCCCCCCCCCCCGGUACUUGGCCUUUUUCUAUUGUGCAGGUAAGACAAGCAAGGAAAAACUUUUUGUUGAUGGAGAAACCCUACAAGCCAUAGUAGGCUGGAGGUUUAGUUUGGUUUUCAAGAUGAUUUUAAUCCCCGUGUGCUCACUAAACAACAUACAGGCUUGGAUCCAGGUGGUCAAUAGCACAUAGGUCCUCCUGAAAUUAAUGGGACAAGUUAGUCAUGAUUUAAUUUUGAUAGAAACCAAGUUGGUUAUAUCCAAUCGAAUGUAUGGACUUGAUUGACUUGGCUCCAUUUAUUUUAUUAGGUCUACUCUGCACAGAACUUAGUUGGAUUCAACCUACUGCAACUAAGUUAGUCUGGGUUCAGCCUAUGGUGUUGACUUACGCAAAUCCUCUUGCAACCAAGCUCAUAGAACAGUAACCAUUCAUUUCCCCCCAACAAUCUUCCACUUUCUGGGUGGGGGGGCUGGUACAAGUCCAGUCCUUGCUGUCCUGCAGAACAGAGGUCACAGGCAGUCAGCUAAAUAUAGCUGAGCUGUCUAGCUAGACAGCUAAUCAGUGAGAAUAGAGCUAGAGGGCCGAACUUGAUGAUAAAUAAAAAUAGGUGUCAUCACAUUUCACAUGUAUUGUUUUUCUUUAAAAACAUUAGUGGCAGAAGGGCAGAUCAGAAUCAGAACUGUGGCAUGUGGAAGGUGGGGUGCCAUCUUGCAGCACCGGUGACACCCCCCCUCUGAAAACUGUUACUAGGGCAUAUGCCAAUAACAGUUUCCUGCCCAGACCAAAUAGAAGAUUGGGUGGGGUCAUCAAUGCUGCAGUGUUGGGAGAAGGGGUAAAUCCUACUUCUUGAACACUAUGGUCCUGAUCCUGAUUUCCAAAGACUUUCAUAUAUCUUUUUUGUUUACAGACAAAUGAAAUGUGAUUAUCCAUUUCUUUCAUUGUCUAAUUUGGUCCCAAGUGGUCAAUUGAAGGCAAAGAGCUGCUAAGUGAGUCCUACAAUCUUUGUAGUUGGAGAGCACCUAUGCUACAUCAGUAGUACUAGAGCAGGUAAGGCGAGUCUUUCUGUCCCUCCAACAAACACAGGGAGUUUUGUAUACACUAGUGCCAUUCCCAGAUAAUUGGUGGAAGUAACAGGAUAAAGUUCCUGAGACAAAUAUUUGGUUGCCAAUGUGGUAUUGCCAAUAUUUUUCCCUCUGCAAGUCAAGAUGUUAGAUUUUUUACAUCUACAGCACCUUAAUCUCUGGAAGUGUUAAUUGUGAGCAUUACAUCACAUUUUGAAUUGAAUCUUCAGUUCAGCAAGGCCUUGUUGACACAUCACAUCCAGCAUUUAAAGCUGUAAUCACUGCUGCCUAGCUGUAGUAGAGACAGACUGUAUUGAGAAAAAUAAUGUUGAAUGUAGCUGCAGAGUUGAUUUUUUUAAAAGAAAGUAUUUCUGUAAAUAUGAUUUCAUCAGUUUUGAGAACAAUUGUUCUAAGUUCUUAAAAUUCAGAGGGCAGCAAUAUCUGCCACAUUAAUUGAAUGACAAAUAGCGCUUCUGUUUGCCGCCCUGGGCUCCUGCUGGGAGGAAGGGUGGGAUAUAAAUCAAAUAAUAAAUAAAUAAAUAAAAAUCUUUGAAUGCUGCACGGAUACCUAGUAGCCACAGAUUUGUUCAGCCAGUAUAAUAUACAUUUCUGAGCCUUUGCACCUUUGGGGAAAUUCUUUUGAUAAACCACUAUGAUUAAUCAACCAAAAAUGUUGAGAUCUUUGUUACAGUGAAGGCUACAAAGCACCAAGAUAAUGUUAGACUUCAGUUUUAAAGUCUUUGUAAAACUGUUAAAAAGUACAGUUGCAAGUUGUCUCAGCAUUAACAAGACAUUAUUGAAUGAAUGUAUUUAAUAUUUCAUAUUGGAAAUGCAGUAUGGAUUUCUGCAAAUGUUCUCAUAUUUUGUAUUUCAAAUGCUUAUUUCAUAUUUGAACUAUAGUUUGAGCGUAUAGUGUUCUUUAAAAUUUAAGCUAUUCAAAAACUGUAUGUUGCCCAGCUCUGCUUAUUUUCAUUGACAUUUAUUUAUUUCUACUUCAAAAAGUUACAGAAUGUUAACAUGGUGCAUCUAGCCAUCAAAACAGUAAACAAAUUUCUGUCUCUUCCCUCCCCCCAUCUCUCCACCCCCCCCCAAACAGAAUUGUUACUCUGCUGAAGCACAGGGCUUGCUGUGUUAACAUUUGAAUGAUCUUUGACAGUAUAUAAACCAGGGAGGUGGUUGAGAGUCCUCCAUUUUGUUAAUGAAACAGGUUUUGGAAAAUAAACUGGCA